UAGUAACUCUAUCAUCUUCCAAACUGUAUAUAACGACCCUCACAUAUCCAAGUUUCGUUUAGCAACUACCACCACGUAGAAGGUACAAUCCUUCACAGCACAACACCAUGCCGCCACCGUUAUAGCCACCGUUAAAUCUCAAUGGCAACCGCACAAGACUCGCAGCCCUUUCACUGGCACUACACAGAGCUCGACGACCACAACUUCGAAAUUCGAGGACGUACCUUGUUCUUCAUCAUCGUCAUAUUCGCCGUCGUUUUGCUCGUCACUCUCCUCUUCCUCUACGCUCGCUGGCUCUGUCGUUUAACUCACCCCUCUCUCCCCAACGCGCUUCACGCGCCUCAACCCUUGUCCCAGGGACUCGACUCCACGGCAAUUAACACGUUGCCGAUAAUCAUGCACCGGUCGAAGUCAACGCCGGAUAUUAACCCGGUUGGAAACGAAGAUAACGAGUGUUGUAUUUGUCUUGGCGAGUUUGAAGACGGGGAUAAGCUUAAGGUUUUGCCCAAAUGUCGACAUUUUUAUCACGGUGAGUGUGUUGAUAGGUGGCUCAGCACUCGUUCGAGCUGUCCACUUUGUAGGAACUCUCUCCGGGUUGACUCAGUUGUCCCUUCCAUCAUCUCACAGUAAACACAAGCAAGAAGUUCAACGAGAACAAAAACAACACUAUCAACCCUUUUUGAGGCUAUAGUUUUUCUUUCUAAUUUAUGUGUUUUUAAUUUGUAUGGCUGUAUUAUACAUUGCUGAUUUCUCCUUUUCACAGUAUUUUGUAGUUUUCUGAAUACUAGUUACAAUUGUUAUUAUAAUUUUAUAUAGCAUUAAUCCAUCCAAAUUACAUUAUCUAAAAUUUAAUUUCAAGAGCCAAAGCAUUUUUAUAUAGAAGGUAUGGAAGGAGAAUUUGAGUGGGAUUUUUAAGUAGAACUGCCAACCUUUCCUUCUGAGAAUCUGUACUGUAUUUAUGACCGAUUCUAUUUUUAUAUAUCUUUUCUUGCUUGAUGUAAUAUCGCUGGCAGGUGAGUUAGGUCAGUGAACUAACUCGAUUAGUAAUGCGAUGCUUAUCUCAGAGGUAUGGAGGCUUCUGUUUGUGGGACAUCGGCACAUGUGAAAUAUCUAAUUCAAGCUUCUGCUAUUCAUAUUUGCCCAUGAGUUGUGUCCAACUUCUACCUAAAUUUUCUUUAAAGGCUUUCGACACAAUGGUGCUCUCACUG